AUGCUUCGCGAUGUUUCGAAAGAACAUCAUGAGCUUCUUACAAAACAGUUUGACAAAACAAAAGCGUUCUUACAAACUCAGAUAAUAGAUAUCAGAACGCUAUUGGAAUUAGAAGUUAACAAGUUUGCUGAGAGUUCUACAACUCUACAUAAGAAGUUGGUAGCUGAAGCAACUACCCAAUUGAUUGAAGACAUAACUUCUUUCAACAAAGAUUACACAUUUGUUCUUGAAGACAAGACGAAGGGGGAUGCUCAAGUUUUUGCUAAAUUUGAAGAGUUCUUAACCGAAAUCAAAACUAUGGUUUUGAAACAAUCGACAAUUUUUCCAAAAUCCAUUUCUCAAAUGGUUUCUAAUAUCGAGACAAAAAUUAAGGCUGAACUAGCUCCUAUCAGGUGCUUAGUUCUUUGA